UAUAAAUUUUAUACAUUAUUUUCAAAUUUUUUUACAAUGGCAGAUGCUGCAGCAAGAGCACUUCAAUAUGAAUAUAAAGCCAACUCGAAUUUGGUAUUACAAGCCGAUAGGUCAUUAAUUGAUAGAAGGCCUAGAGAUGAACCAACAGGAGAAGUUUUAUCAUUAACCGGUAAGUUAUAUGGUACUAAGAUGGGUGAUAAGUCUCAGCGAUCGAAACCUCCAUUAAUUCAAGAAAGAAAGGCUAAACGCCUGAAAAGAGAUGAAGCCCAGAGAGAUACCCUCAAAAUGAAAGGAACCACCCUCUUAUCCGAAGGAAUUGAAAAUAUGAUAGGAAUUUACUACAAACCAAAAACAGCUGAGACUAGGCAAACUUAUGAGAUUCUAUUGAGCUUUAUCCAAGCUGCCAUAGGAGAUCAGCCUAGAGAUAUAGUUUGUGGGGCUGCUGAUGAAAUUUUACUCACUUUAAAACGUGAUGACCUUGUAGGACGUACGGAAAGUGGAAGCGAUAUGCGCCGUACCGAAAUAGAGGACUUACUAGGACCUGUUGCCGAUGAAAGAUAUGCACUUUUAGUAAAUCUCGCACGGAAGAUCACCGAUUUCUCUGCCCCCGAAAUACGUCAAUCAUCGGGUCGUGGAUUUGACGAGGCACCAGAUAACGACAUGGAUGAAACAUAUGGUGUAAAUGUGCAAUUUGAGGAAAGCGACGAGGAAGGGGGAGGCGGUGGCGGAGCAGACGAUAUUUACGGAGAGGUUCGUCAUUAUGGACGCAAUGAUACACGUCAUGAUGUCGCCCAAGAAUAUCGGGAUCCACUGUUACACGGUCGUGGCAAGAGAGGACGAGGUGGAGACGAACGCGGAAGUGAUGAGAGUGGAGAAAGUGAUGGAUCACAAGCAGACAUAGAUGAUGAUGAUGGACUUGGCAUAGGCAACACGGGUGGAGUUGAGGCUGUUAACCCUGAGAUAUUGAAAGCCAAAGGUUCUAAAGGUAAAGAUAAUGGCGAUAAACGUGGUGACAAUUUAGAUUCGGAUGCUGAAGAUCUUGGCAAAAAGAAAUCUGAAUCUGGUCCUGACACGAUAGAAUCAAUGUACAAUUCCCUUAAGCCUGUGCAGGUGGAUGCUUAUUGGUUACAAAGAAACCUGGCUAGAUAUUACAAAGACCCCCUAGAAGCCCAGAGCAAGUCCAACGAAAUAAUGGACAUACUUCAGACUUGCCAGGAUGAUGAGAGGGAUUGUGAGAAUAGACUGGUACUUUUGUUGGGGUUCGAUCGUUUCGGUUUUAUCAAAAUACUCAGGCGAUGGAGAAAAAUGAUUUUGUAUUGCACAUUGCUGGCUCAGGCCCAGAGCGAUGCUGAAAGGGAAAGACUCGAAGAAAAAAUGAGAUCUAAUGAAGAGCUCGCCAAAAUUCUCAAGCAACUCAGGGAGGUGGAACGAGAGAAUAUUGUCAAGGAAGAAAGAAUGAGAAGGGUUGCUUAUAGACAAUCGGAAUUGGACAAGGAUUUCAAAAAUGUCGAUGUCACUGAAUCUUCUGCUCAGGACAAUUUAAUCAUCAAUCGGAAAAUAUUGGAUUUAGAGGAUCUGUCCUUUAACCAGGGGAGCCAUUUUAUGGCUAAUAAAAAAUGUCAUCUACCUGACGGUUCAUACAGGAAACAGAAAAAAAGUUACGAGGAAGUUCACGUGCCCGCGCUCAAACCCAAACCUUUUGGAGAAAAGGAAGUUUUGGUACAAGUGGAUAAACUUCCCAAGUACGUCCAACCUGCUUUUAAAGGAUUUAAAUCAUUGAAUAGGAUUCAGAGCAAAGUAGCGGAAACUGUUUUGGAAACUGAUCUUAACAUCCUCCUAUGUGCUCCUACGGGUGCUGGUAAAACUAACGUAGCUCUUUUAGCUAUGCUUAGGGAAGUUGGCAAACAUAUCAACCCUGAUGGUAGUAUCAACGCUGACGAAUUCAAAGUUAUUUAUGUGGCGCCCAUGAAAUCGCUGGUUCAGGAGAUGGUCGGAAAUUUUACCAAACGCCUAGGAGUUUACAAUCUAAAAGUUGGCGAAUUAACAGGUGACCAGGUGAUGACGAGAGAACAGAUAAGGUCCACGCAAGUGAUAGUUUGCACGCCAGAAAAAUGGGACAUCGUGACGAGGAAAGGAGGGGAUCGGGCCCACGUUUCUUCUGUUAGGCUAAUGAUUUUUGAUGAAAUUCACAUGUUGCACGACGACAGAGGACCUGUUUUAGAAGCACUCAUAGCAAGAACUAUCAGAAAUUCGGAAUCUUAUCAAGAACCUGUCCGGCUGGUUGGAUUAUCUGCUACAUUGCCCAAUUACAAGGACGUGGCAGCAUUCCUAAGAGUCGACCCAGUUCGUGCUCUCUUUCACUUUGACAACUCAUACCGACCUGUCCCACUCGAGCAGACUUACAUUGGUGUGAGCGAAAAGAAGAGUGGCCUUAAAAAAUUAAAGAUUAUCGAUCAAGUGCUCUACGAAAAGGUUUCAGAGAACGCUGGGGCCAAUCAGAUUUUGAUCUUCGUUCAUUCUCGCAAAGAAACGGGUAAGUCUGCUCGGUUUUUGAGGGAUACAUGCCUGGAAAAGGACACGAUGGGCAAUUUCAUGAGGGAAGGCAGCGCUUCCACUGAAAUUCUUAGGACAGAAGCUGAACAAGUAAGGAAUCUAGAACUCAAGGACCUGCUACCUUAUGGGUUCGCUAUACAUCAUGCUGGCAUGACUCGCGUUGACCGUACUUUAGUUGAGGAUUUAUUUGCCGAUGGUCACGUGAGACUUUUAGUGAGCACGUCUACACUAGCUUGGGGCGUCAAUCUUCCCGCCCAUACUGUCAUCAUCAAAGGGACCCAAAUUUACGAUCCAGAAAAGGGGAGAUGGGUCGAGCUCCCAGCACUGGAUGUCUUGCAGAUGUUUGGUAGGGCUGGUAGACCUCAAUAUGAUACAAAGGGCGUGGGUAUACUUAUAACAAGCCAUACCGAAUUACAAUAUUACUUGUCAUUGUUGAAUCAACAACUUCCAAUUGAAUCACAAAUGAUUGCCAAACUCCCGGAAGCCUUGAAUGCCGAGAUAGUGUUAGGCACCGUAAGAGACGCCGUGGAAGCUAGGGACUGGCUAGCUUACACUUACCUUUACAUUCGAAUGCUGAGGAACCCCGCACUUUACGGGAUAGAUGGGGACUCGUUAAAAACGGAUCCAUUGUUGGAAACUAGGAGGGCAGACCUAAUACACACGGCCGCUGUAAGGUUGGAUAAGACUAACCUUAUCAAAUACGAUAAACGAACGGGCUCUUUUCAGGUAACGGAACUCGGUCGUAUAGCCAGUCAAUACUAUUGCACCAGUGAGUCCAUGGCUACAUACAACCAACUUCUAAAGCCGACUCUCAGCGACAUUGAACUCUUUAGGGUCUUUUCUCUCAGUUCUGAAUUCAAAAAUAUCAGUGUUAGAGAUGAAGAAAAAUUGGAGCUAACGAAAUUGUUGGAGCGCGUUCCCAUACCUAUAAAAGAAGGCAUCGAAGAAUCGAGUGCUAAGAUUAAUGUGCUUCUCCAAGCCUAUAUAUCUAGGCUAAGGUUAGAAGGAUUUUCUUUGGCCUCAGACACGGUUUACGUUACUCAAUCGGCUGGAAGAUUGACCCGGGCACUAUUUGAAAUCGCUCUCUUUAAGGGCUGGGCUCAGCUGGCCGCCAGAUGCCUGAAUCUUUCCAAAAUGGUUACGCACAAACAAUGGUCAAGCAUGAGUCCCCUCAGACAGCUCUUGUUUAGUGGUGCUGCGGGUUCAUCAUCUAGCGGAAUGAACGAAUCGCUCGUGAAAAAGCUUGAGAAGAAGAAUUUCCACUGGAGCCGACUUCUCGAUUUAGACGCUCGCGAAAUAACCGAACUUCUAAGAGUGCCUGCUAAGCUCGGAAAGGUGGUUCACAAGUUCUCCCAUUGCGUGCCAAAGUUAGAGUUGGCAACACAUAUUCAACCCAUAACAAGAUCUACGUUGCGAGUGGAGUUAACUAUAACACCCGAUUUCAUUUGGGACGAAAAGAUACAUGGAAAUUCUGAAGCUUUUUGGAUUUUCGUGGAAGACGUUGACGGUGAACUCAUACUCCAUUACGAAUAUUUUUUGUUGAAAAGCAAAUUUGCCCAAGAUGAGCACAUGAUAACUUUUUUUGUUCCCAUAUUCGAACCGCUGCCACCUCAAUAUUUCAUUAGGGUCGUAUCAGACAAAUGGCUAGCCUCGGAAACCCUUUUACCAGUGAGCUUUCGGCAUUUGAUUCUGCCAGAAAAAUAUCCGCCUCCUACUGAAUUGCUCGAUCUUCAGCCUUUGCCCCUUUCGGCACUCAGAAAUCCGAAGUUCGAAAUCCUAUACAAGGACAAGCUCACCUUUUUCAACCCUAUUCAGACUCAAGUUUUUAACGCUAUCUACAAUUCGGACGAUAACGUUUUCGUGGGAGCACCCACGGGCAGCGGGAAAACUAUUUGCGCGGAAUUCGCGCUUUUGCGGAUGUUUUCACGUACUCAAGAUGGCGCUAUGGAUACUGUUGGAAAAGCUGUCUACGUUACCCCUUUCGAUUGCUUGGCAGAACAGAUUUACAGUGAUUGGAGUCACAAAUUCGGCACGAUUCUGGACAAGAAAGUGGUUCUUUUGACUGGAGAAACCUCUACCGAUUUGAAAUUACUUGCAAAAGGUCACAUAAUAAUAAGCACUCCAGAACACUGGGACAUCUUAUCCAGGAGAUGGAAACAACGCAAAAACGUGCAAAAUGUUCGACUCUUCAUAGUCGACGAAUUGCAUUUAAUGGGUGGACCCGAUGGACCCCACAUAGAAGUGGUAGGAUCCCGUAUGAGAUACAUAUCAUCCCAAAUUUCCGCGAACCCCCAAUCGGACCCAGAUUCCGUCGUCCAGGGGAGUGCCACCAAAAACGCUUCAUCUAUGAGAAUCAUAGCUCUCGGUUAUAGCUUGGCCUGUUCGAGGGAUAUUGGUCAAUGGUUGGGCUGUCAACCUCACACUAUAUUCAACUUUCACCCCAACACUAGGCCCUUACCACUGGAGACCCAUAUACAAGGUUUCAAUAUAACGCACGGGGCUUCUCGGCUCUUGUCCAUGUCUAAACCAGUCUACUCGGCAAUCCUCAAAUACGCUUGCAAAGCUGCCAACGUUAAAGAACUUGCUAUCUCUGGCCCUGCACCUUUCAAGAAUGUUCUCGUUUUCGUGGCUGAUAGAAAACAAAGCAAACUUGCUGCCUGCGAAAUACUGAGCCUAGCCGCCUCUGAAGACAGAAAUUUCUUGGGUCCUAACGUUUCUUUGGCAGAACUAGAGCCUUACCUUGUAAAAAUAGAAGAUAAGACACUAAAAGAAACGGUUAGUCAUGGGGUAGCUUACGUGCAUGAGGGCCUGUCACAAAUAGAACAAAAAAUCGUUAAACACUUAUUCAACGCUGGAGCUAUCCAGGUAUUGGUAUCGAGUCGAACCUUAGCUUGGUCACUCUCCGUGUAUGCUUACCUAGUUAUCGUCAUGGACACCCAAUGGUACGACGGGAAGGUGCACGCGUACGCGGAUUAUCCCGUCACCGACGUGCUCCAGAUGAUAGGUCGUGCCAAUAGAACACGUUAUGAUAGAGAAAGUAAAUGCGUUAUACUGUGUCAAGGAUCUAAGAAAGACUUCUUCAAGAAAUUUCUAUAUGACCCGCUUCCUAUCGAAAGCCAUUUGGAUAAUUGUCUUCACGACCAUUUCAACGCGGAAAUUGUUACAAAGACGAUCGAAAACAAACAAGAUGCUGUCGAUUACCUCACUUGGACUUUCCUAUAUAGGCGCAUGGCCCAAAAUCCCAAUUAUUAUAAUUUACUGGGUAUAACACAUCGACACUUGUCCGACCAUUUAUCAGAACUUGUCGAAACUACCUUAAAUGAUUUGGAACAAUCCAAAUGCAUAGCCGUGGAAGAAGAAAUGGACGUCUCACCUUUGAAUUUGGGCAUGAUCGCGGCGUAUUAUUACAUAAACUACACUACCAUUGAAUUGUUCUCGAUGUCUCUUUCCUCUAAGACUAAGCUCAAAGGAUUUAUAGAGAUUAUUUCCAAUGCAUCAGAGUACGAAACUAUUCCCAUAAGACACCACGAGGAUAAUAUACUCAAACAGCUGGCAAACAAGGUUGAGUACAAGCUAACCAACCCUAAAUACAGUGACCCUCACGUUAAGGCUAAUUUAUUGCUUCAGGCUCAUCUCUCCAGAAUGCAAUUAUCUUCAGAACUUCAAACCGACACUGAAGAUAUUCUAGCCAAAUCUAUAAGAUUAAUCCAAGCUUGCGUUGACGUUUCCAGUAGCAAUGGGUGGCUUUGGCCCGCACUAUCUGGCAUGGAACUCUCUCAAAUGACCACUCAGGCCAUGUGGAACAAAGAUAGCUACCUGAAACAGAUUCCUCACUUUGACGCUGCCAUAGUGGCUAGAUGUUUAGCCCAGGGUGUGGAAACGGUCUUUGACGUUACAGAGUUAGAGGAUGAAAAGCGCAAUGAGCUUUUAGGCCUUACAGAUUUGCAAAUGGUGGACGUAGCUAAAUUUUGUAAUAGAUAUCCUAACAUCGAACUGCGAUUCCAAGUGUGCAGCGCAAGCUCUAGCACUGAAAUCGGAAGUUCAACUAGCAGCAACCCUAUCUUUUCUCCGGGUGAAAGCGUUAAUGUUAUAGUGACACUUGAAAGAGAGGACGAAAUGUUUGGGAACGUAUUGGCUCCGUUUUUCCCUCAAAAACGAGAAGAAGGUUGGUGGUUGGUUAUAGGAGAUCAAAAAUCCAACACCUUAAUAUCUAUCAAGAGACUAACCUUGCAACAAAAGGCCAAAAUCAAACUCGACUUUUUAGCACCGACCCAGCCCGGGAAUCAUUCUAAUUACACCUUGUUUUUCAUGAGCGACGCGUAUAUGGGAUGCGAUCAGGAAUAUAAAUUUGACUUAAAAGUCGCCCGGGAAGAUUGAAGAGAAUUUUUUAUCCCUAUUCAUGGACAAACUAUAAUUUUUUUUAGUUUAUGAUGUAUUAUUAUAAUUUAGGCGAUAACGAGGUUUUUAUUCAUUUUUUAAAGAAAACGAUGUUUUUGUAUAGAUAUUUAUGUUAUUGGAGUACCAUUUAUUUUAUUAGCUAAUAAAUAUUAUGUGAUUCAGACA